UUUUGUCAUUGAAGCUUCCCUGAAUGAUGAUUAUAUUCUUUUUCCAGGCUCUGGUAGGUUACCAGAGUGUCUUCUAUUACCUUCCCUUCGACCUGGUCCUCAAUCUUAUCUUUAAUGGUAGUCUUUCCCUAACCUUUUUUGUUGAUAUCGCCUAAGGGUAAUUCCGGGUAAUGAUAGUGAAAGACUUUAAGGAUGCUAUUGCUGAAGAUAUUCUCACUCUUCUAAAUUGGCUCGAUGUUGUAGUUCGUCUUUGCAAUUUCUUGAUCAACAUCUUGGCUUUCCAGACCAAUCUCGAAGAGUGUCUGCAAAGUUCUACCCUUUGCAACAAUCUUGGCAAUAUGUCCUUCAUUUCCUUCUCCCUAACAUUGUUUUGUUCAGACAUUUUAAAACCACUUUCAGGAGUGCUAGGGUUUCUACAAUUAGAGCGCUUCAUUACUGCACAAACAGGAGCGGAACUAGACGAGUUUGAGGAGAUCGGCGUGGUGAAAGCGAGAGAGGCACCAGUACUGGACAAGUAUGGAAUGACUCUUUACAUGUCGUCUCUUUGAUUCUGAUUAACAUCCUUUAACUCCCUCGAUCGCUGAUGCCUCUCAAACCCCUCGAAUGUCUAUGUCGUCUAGUAAAAGGGUAGAGGUCAAUUUGCAUAGAAACGGCUGUUCUGGACAUCCUUCUCUCUUAGAGAAUUCCGGUGCUCCCUUACUCGCGCUAGGGUCUUAUAUAGUGCCCUAUGAUGCGUCACCCUUGUCGGAAGACAAUAAAUAGCAAAGUCCAGCGCCGGGUAUCCAGUUCUCACGGGCCACUUCGUAACAGUCCCACAGGUAAACACGAUGGUUGUAAAACACAACAGAAGAAGCGAGGAUGAGAUGCCGAUAAAGAU